AUGGGUUACACGAUUAUCUUUACCAUUAUCGUCGUUUUUUAUUUCAUUUCGAUCUCUAAAGCAGUUCGUAAUGUAAAUUCAAUCGAUGGUCAAGAUGAUUUAUCAUCAACGUCGGUUAAUCAGGUUGGCAUAUGUAGCUUACUGGUUGAGACAGAAGGGUACAUGUGCGAAGAACACAAGGUGACGACGAAAGAUGGUUACAUACUUAGCAUGCAACGGAUUCCAAUGGAGCGGGGUGGGAAAAAGGCUGACAAGCCACCGGUUUUGUUGCAACACGGGGUUCUUAUGGAUGGCGGGACGUGGGUUUUAAACACUCCAGACGAAUCGCUUGGGUUUAUUUUGGCAGAUAAUGGGUUUGAUGUGUGGAUAGCCAACACUCGUGGAACCAAUUUUAGCCGUGGCCAUACGUCACUUAGUCCCAGCGAUCCGGAGUAUUGGGAUUGGUCGUGGGACGAAUUAGUAGCAUUUGAUCUUCCGGCUUCAGUCCAAUUUGUGCACGAUCAAACGGGCCAAAACCUACAUUAUGUCGGUCAUUCCUUGGGAACUUUGAUCGCGUUUUCCGCGUUUUCAAAAGACCAGACGUUGAACAUGUUGAGAUCGGCCGUGUUACUGAGCCCCAUCGCAUAUCUAGGUCAAAUGUCGUCGACUCUUGCUAGAGCUGGUGCCGAUGCUUUCUUAGGCGAAGCCUUAUAUUGGUUGGGACUUCAUGAAUUUGCUCCAAGGGGGAAAGCUGUCGUUGAUCUUCUGAGUGUAAUCUGCAAGAUGCCCGACAAUGAUUGCAGCGAUUUAAUGACAUCGUUUACAGGGCAAAACUGUUGUGUGAACUCGUCAAUGACCGAUAAAUUCCUUGAACACGAGCCUCAGUCUACGUCGACUAAGAACAUGAUCCAUCUCGCUCAAAUGAUCCGAACAGGGACAAUAACGAUGUACGAUUAUGGUAAUGCUGACGACAAUCAGAAACACUACGGGCAAUUGACACCUCCAGUUUACGAUAUGGGAAGCAUCCCAAAAGACUUCCCCAUGUACCUAAGUCAUGGAGGGAGAGACAAGCUAUCUGAUGUGGAAGAUGUGAAAACACUUCUCAAAAACGUUAACGAUCAUGAUCCAGAUAAGCUUGUUGUACAGUACAAGGAGGAUUAUGCACAUGCUGAUUUUGUUUUUGCUGUCAAUGCUAAAGAAGUUAUAUAUGAUCCUGUAAUGGCAUUUUUCAAGCUUCAUUAUUAG